GCGUAAAAUCGUCUUGUUUCGCAAGUUCUUAUGCAAUGGUUAAUUUGCCUAGAACCAUGAACCCUGUCCAUUUUUUGUUUGUUGUGUGAGGUUCCGAAGUGGCAAUUGAGUAUCGAAUCAUAAGUGAUAGAAUCUGUUUCCUCGUUGCAAUAUUUCUAUUAAAUCAUAUUCCAUUAAAUCAUAUUUCUUCGCGACAUUUGUCGUUGUUACCGUUAGAUAAAUUUUGGAAAAAAUAGACUCAAAUUUGAAUAUAUGUAAAUUUUUCACUAAAGUGUUCUGCUUUUAAGUGUCUCGCUUUGCUUGUUUAUAAACUGAGGAGUCUUGAUGUGGUUAAUUUUCCUAGAACCAUGAUCACUGUGCAUUUUUUGAUUCCUGCGUAUUUUAUACUGAAUAGUGUCGGAGGUAUUACUUCGGAUGCUGAAAAGAAAGGACUGCAAAAAAGUAAAAAAAUCGCCAAGCGUGUAUUACAUGGUUGUCAACAACGGUAUCAAUCGCUUACAAAAGAGCAAUAUAGCAGAUAUGUAGAUGCAAGUGGUAAACGGGAAAGUGGUGUUUAUGGUGGUAACACUUUAUGGUAUGGAUCAUUUAGUGAAUGCGACAAAUUACCUGACUCCCGUUAUUGUUGGACGAUGUUUCCUGGAAAUAUAACUCUUUUCAAAAAUUACGAAAAGACUCAUCACAUUGAGUGGGGUGUUUGUGUACCAAAAUCUUGUACAAAGAACGACAUCCGAAAUGACUUUUUGUAUUUUUUUCACAAUGUUUCUGGUAUCAAUUCAGUAAAACCCUUUACAAAAUAUGUCCAAGUUCAAUGUUCUGAGACUCCAGAAUAUACAGCAUCCGUCAUCCUAACAAUAAUACUUUGUGGAAUUUUGGUUGGCUUGUCUCUCUUGGCGACGACAAUAGAGAUUUUUCAGUCAUUAAAACAUGCCAACAACGACGACAAAAUCGUUGAUGAUGGUGGUUUGCAUAUCUCCAUGGAUAAAGAGACAAAUGAGAAAACACCUUUACUGCCAAACGUGAACAAAAAGGCUAAUGAAAAUGAAGGAACGUUUAUUUAUAAAAUUCUUCAAUCUUUCUCAAUUGCCAAAAUGUCAAAUCGAUCAUGAACACAAAUGUUGGACAAAGUGAUUUGACGUACCUUCAUGGAAUUCGAGUUUUAUCUCUGUUUUGGAUUAUUCUUUUUCACGCCAUUCUUUUGACACAUCGACUUUGGCCUUUGGACAACUCAAAGGAUGCUAUUAGAUCAAGUAGAAAAUUAGCUCCAUUGUUCUUACACCAAGCUUACGGAGUGGAUACGUUUUUUGUCUUAAGUGGACUUCUUGCAAUAUACGUCAACCUGAGCAAGAGAAUAAAGAAUAAAGGAAAAACCAAUUGGUUUAAAUUUUAUUUUCAUCGAUUUUGGAGACUCACACCACUAUAUAUGUUUGUCAUAUUGCUUGUUACGAAGUUAAAACCAUUUUGGGGGAGUGGUCCAUUGUGGUUUCUUGAAGCUGAUACUUCCACUUGCAGUGAAAAUUGGUGGAAAAAUCUUCUCUACAUUAAUAAUUAUUAUAUAAGAAAAGCAUGCAUCGUUCAAUCAUGGCAGUUGUCUGCUGAUAUGCAACUUUACAGCGUCACUCCUAUCUUUCUUUUUAUUGGAUACCGUUAUGGUUUACGGGCAAUCUUUGCUGCUUCCAGCGUUUGUAUUCUUGGUAGCAUGAUCACUACUUUUUGUGUAGCAGCAACCAAAGAUAUAUUUCCGAUAGGCACUUGGUAUUCCUUAUCUAGAUUUAACAUAUUUUUCCGGCCAAAAGAAGAAGUUCUACGUUUGGAUUAUACGUUUAUUGAUAUCUACUUUAAAACCUAUUGUCGAAUUCCACCUUAUGCGAUGGGAAUGGUCCUUGGAUAUUAUCUGCACAACUAUCAAUCAAACAAUGCCAAACUUUCUUUGAAAAUUGUUGUAAUGCUAUGGAUGUGUACCAUUGCCUUGGCACUGACCGAUAUAUAUGCUCCAUACAGUGCUAUAAAAGAAGAUCCUCGUAUUUGGACGACAGCUGAACGAGCGUUUUUCUGGUCUUUUAAAUGGUUCAUCUGGGGUCUGUUUAUAGUUUGGCUCAUAUUUGCUUGUCAAUAUAACUAUGCAGGUUGGAUCAAAAACAUUUUAGCAGCAAAAUUUUGGAUUCCUUUGAGUCACAUCAACUAUGCUGCCUUUCUUGUGCAUUUUGACGUAAUAGGUGUUUUGGUGUAUAGCAUUCAAACUCCCAUUCAUUUCUCAUGGUUUGUUUUUGUGACAUAUUCUCUGGCUUCGUUGGUUCUAACAUACUGCAUCGCAUUUGUUCUUGUUGUUUUUGUCGAGUUACCAUUUGCUAAUAUUGAAACUUUGGUUUGGAAAAGAUUAGAAAAGCAAAAUAAACAAUAGAAGACAAAACUCAAAAUUGCUCAAAAAAUUAACCAAUUUCCAUGAACAAUUUUUACGUAAUACUCUUUGCAGACACCAUUGUCUAGAUUUAAUACUUCAAUAUAUAAAUAUAUGUAUGUCGCUAGCUCUGUUUUUUUUAAAUCAAAAAAGCAAAGCUUGUUAGUCAAAUGAAUGCUGACAUUAACUAUAAUCAAUAUUUUGACUAUUUUCUUUGUAAAUUCUUUGAUUUGACCUGUAUGCUGUGACAGACCUCCUGCUCACAAGGUCGUCAAGGCCUUGUGGCUAAACGUAUUCACAGCAUACACAGUAAGGAUCACAAAUCAGGAUUAGUUGUGAGGGCUUAAAAUCUCUACACGAAAUUUGGGCAUUAAUAAAAAAUAUUGCUUUGUUAUCUAAUUAACACGGGCAUACGAUGAUACAAAA